AAAAAAAAAAUGAAGCUCGCCUGUUUGCUGCUCCUGGUUCUUGCUGCAUGGACGGCCGACGCGGUUGUUAGGAUCCCCCUAACGAAGUUUCGCUCCAUAAGGCGCUCAAUGUCCGAUUCAGGCCGAUCUGUGGAGGAACUCUUGGCCAACUCUCGGCACAUGAAAUACAACCUGGGUUUCCCACCCAAAUCCGGCCCAACCCCUGAAACACUAAAGAAUUACCUGGAUGCCCAAUACUAUGGUGAGAUAGGUCUUGGCAGUCCAGUCCAGACCUUCACUGUGGUGUUUGACACGGGCUCCUCCAACUUGUGGGUGCCGUCUGUCCACUGCUCCCUUACUGACAUUGCAUGCUUGCUUCAUCACAAGUAUAAUGGAGCCAAAUCCAGCACAUAUGUGAAGAACGGUACUGCUUUUGCUAUCCAGUAUGGCAGCGGGAGUCUUUCUGGCUAUCUCAGCCAGGAUGUCUGCACAAUUGGAGACAUUGCUGUAGAGAAGCAGAUAUUUGGCGAGGCCAUCAAACAGCCUGGAGUUGCCUUCAUUGCUGCAAAGUUUGACGGCAUCCUGGGCAUGGCUUACCCUCGCAUUGCAGUAGACGGUGUUCCUCCAGUCUUUGACAUGAUGAUGAGCCAGAAGAAAGUGGAGAAGAAUGUCUUCUCUUUCUAUCUGAAUAGGAACCCAGAUACGCAGCCUGGUGGUGAACUACUCCUGGGAGGCACAGACCCAAAGUUCUACACUGGAGACUUUCACUAUGUAAACAUCACCCGACAGGCUUACUGGCAGAUUCACAUGGAUGGCAUGACCAUUGGCAGUCAGCUGACCCUUUGUAAGGGAGGCUGUGAAGCCAUUGUGGACACUGGCACGUCUCUGAUCACUGGACCUGCUGCGGAGGUCAAGGCUCUCCAAAAGGCUAUUGGAGCCAUUCCCCUGAUUCAGGGAGAGUACAUGGUUGACUGCAAGAAGGUGCCUUCCCUUCCCACUAUCUCCUUCAAUUUGGGUGGGCAGACCUACACGCUGACUGGAGAACAGUACAUUCUCAAGGAAAGCCAGGCUGGUAGAGAAAUCUGUCUGAGUGGAUUCAUGGCUCUGGAUAUCCCUCCUCCUGCUGGGCCGCUGUGGAUUCUGGGAGAUGUGUUUAUUGGGCAGUACUACACUAUGUUUGACCGUGAGAACAACAGAGUGGGCUUUGCUAAGGCAGUUUAGGUCCAUCUUACCGUAGGCUUGUCUUUUUGAGCAAAGGGUAGGAAAGGAGUAAGAAUGGGAGUGGAUACAGGAGAACUCCCCACUAGAAUCAUAUCAGCUGCUAUUAUAAUCACUAAGCAGUUAUGAUAGCAUUGUGUUUGCACCGUACUUUAGCUCCUCAAUUCUCCGUUUCAAUGAGCUUGAAGCUGAACAAAUCAGGGAAAGGCCAAGAAGUACUACACACACUUGCAAAGUAAUGACUUAUGGUGUUUAAUUGGCAGUAGACAGGAAAGGAUGUAUAUGAUUUUAAUGGAUUAACAUGUUUUAUGUUAUUGAUUUUAUGAAGCUAUUGUGGGUGUGUUUUUUUCCUUUUCUUUUUUCUUUCUUGGUCUUCACUGAAAAUACCUCGAGUAAAAUUGGAUAAAGUACAAUAAACCUUUUUAGAAC